AUGUCGAGUGCAUGCAGUGAUAGCGAGGUACCCCAGAGAGUCGAUACUCAGACAAUCGCCUCGCACCAUGUCGAUAAACAGGAUGCCGAGUAUGGGCCAUUGGCCCAUGUCAACACGACGGGGACCUACCUUCCGGCAUUCGCGGGGGAGUUACAGCCCGGUCUGUACAAGUCGGUCCGAGAGCGCAAAAUUGCCAAUCCGGCACCGUUAGGGCUGGCUGGGUUUGCUCUGACCACUUUUGUUCUGGGUUGCAUCAACAUGCAGACGCGGGGAAUCACGCAGCCCAAUAUGGUGGUGCCGCUGGCCUUUGCCUACGGUGGCCUCGUGCAGCUCCUGGCUGGAAUGUGGUGGGUCUAUGUUUAUUCGUCUUCGUGGGCAGGGCUCCAGCUCAUCCUACAUCCCAGGGAAAUGGCCGCGGGCAAUACUUUUGGGGCUACUGCGCUCUCCUCAUACGGAGGCUUUUGGAUCUCACUGGCCAUGACCCUCACUCCCGGGGGCUUCAACAUUGAAGGCCAGCUCCAGGCGGCCGACAAUGGCUCUAUGGGCAUGUUCUAUGACUCGUUCGGGCUGUAUCUGAUGGGAUGGUUUAUAUUCACCUUCCUACUCGUCACUUGUACAGUCAAGUCGACUGUUAUCUUCUUCUCGUUAUUCGCAACCGUCGACAUCGCUUUGCUUCUUUUGGCGGUGGGCUAUCUUCACCGGCCUGAUGACACCCCAUACACACCGCUGCUGAAGGCGGGGGGGUUAUUUGCCCUGCUGGGUGCAUUUCUGGCAUGGUAUAGCUGUCUGGCGGGAAUUGCAGACACGAGCAACAGUUUUUUCAUCAUCCCCGUCUGGCAUUUUCCCUGGUCGGAAAAGAAGCGCGAGUCGAGAAGAAGAAUGUCUGAGGAUCCCUGA